CAGGCUGCAUUAUUUUUUGGAGUGGAAAAGCUUCUUUUGGUUUGUCGAAGUUGGCUGAACUAUGUAAUAUCAGAAGGCAGGAUUUGGCCUCCUCCAUUGCAUUUAGAAGAUUUGAUCCAUAUCUGGGAGUAUGGUAGAGAGAAUGAUUAACAUGGGAUAUCAUGCAGCAACUGAUUUUAUUCCACAAUUGACUGAUUGUCUGGCGAGGAACUUUAUAUGGAUGACUUCUUGCGACUCCUUUCACAAUGUCCCUUUUGAAUUGUUGCUUUCCUGUGUAAAGCAUCCUUGUUUGACAGUAGACAGCGAGAAACAUCUUUGUGAUUCUAUUCUACUGUGGCUUGCUGCCAACACCAUCCCAUAUGAUCUUUUGAACUCCACUGGGGAUGCUCGCCUUGAAAUUUUCACAGAGAUCCGCACUAGCCUUUUGUCAUUGCCAUUUGCUGCGGGGAAACGGAGAUGCCCCCUCUUCUCAAAGUUUGCAGAAAGAAGCGUGGAUGCUAUUCUUAGUUUAGCGACCUCCUCUUCCUUUAGCUUAGCAAACAUUCUUGGAGGUGGUGACUUUAGUCAGCUCAGAAUCCGCUUGACUGAAUGUACUAAGAUAUUGGACCUUUCCGGCUGCCCACAAAUUAGCCUGCCUCUUCUUCUCCUGUCCAUGCUUCCUUUUUCCUAUAGUGUGGACACAAUGCUGACAAAGAAGCUUAAUCAGCUGCCCCUCAAACUUGAGCGCUUUAAUAUGGAUGUAUCUCGGAUUCCGUGGGAAACUUUUCCUGUUUUGACUUUUGAAGCAGUGGAAGUGGUGGACGUUUCAAAUUGUCCGAUGCUACAUCUUGAGGCUGCCAUUGAGUGCUUUUCCAAGUCAUUUCCAUCCCUAACAACAUUGAAAGCAGCUUAUACUUCGAACUUCAGAACAAUGAAGUUGUACCAAUUGUUACAGAGAUGCCCACUACUCUCAAACAUCGAUCUAACAGUGGAAAGUAAUCCUGUGAUACCAGCAAAGGUGUCAGUUAUAUCUUCAUUCCCUGUUGUAAAGCUGCAGAUAUCAACAUCUUCCAAUGAAGAGACAUGCCCUGCUGUACCAACGUUUCAUUUUUCUAGGCGGCUCUCAAAUAUUACAAAUCUCAUAUUGGAGGGUCGAACAGAUAUUUAUGAUUCGGAUCUCCACAAUAUUGCAGAGUGCUGCCCUUCCUUGUGUUGUAUUAACCUCAAUGUGUGUACUUCCAUAACGGAUUCUGGAAUAUCCGUUAUAUUGCUGAAAUGUGUUGGCCUACAUUCAAUCUUCGCUUGUGAUACUUUCUUUGCACACAAUUGUGUUCUGUCACUUUGUCGCGAUAUCUCCAGAUUUGACGGUGUGGCAAUGAAAAUGGAAAAGAACACCAAUUCAUUAGCUUACAAACUUCAAAUUCUGCAUAUAGGAGGCUGCAAAGCUAUCAGUGAAAUUACUCUUUUGGAGCUUAUCUCUCAAUUAUAUAGAGUAAGAAGUCUUUGUUUGAGGGAAACUCAGCUUGACGACAAUUCUCUCUACAAAUUUUCGGGAUCGUCACUCGAGAUGCUUGAUGUAUCUGAUACUAAGGUUUCUUGCCAUGCAGUGGGUCAUGUUGUCCGCAGAAGUCCUCAUCUAAAGUGCUUGAUUGCCAGAGGCUGCAGGCAUCUAUUAAAAGAGGAGAGUAAUAUUCUAGAGAACUCUCCUGCUUUGUCAUAUAACUGUCCUGUAUUGUAUUAUGAGCUUGGAAAGUCCUGCAAUUUGGAGGAAAUCUCACUUGGUUGGGGAUUCUCAUUCUUUUCACUGGAGGCCCUGCGGCCAGCAAUUAAAAUGUUGAGGACAUUUAUUGUUGGUUUAGGUGGAUCUUUAGGUGAAGAUGGGCUCAAGCUGGUACCCACUUUUUGUCCUUGGCUAGAGACGUUGAUUCUUUAUUUCCAGGUAAUAUCUGAUUCUGUUGUAAGAAAUAUCUUGGAGACCUUAAAAAACUUGCAAGUGUUAGCUCUUUGCUAUUGCUUUGGUGAGAUUUCCUCACUAAGCUUCCAGUUCAGUGCACCGUGUUUGAGGAAAUUGAAGCUUGAAAGAGUAACAGCACAGAUGACCAAUGAUGAUUUACUUACCCUUGCUCAGAAUUGCAUGAACAUAACUGAGCUUUCUCUGCUGGGAUGCAGACGUCUUAAUUCAGAGUCGCAAGAUACUAUUUCAAAUGGUUGGCCAGGGUUGAUCUCUCUUCAUUUAGAGGACUGUGGUGAAGUAACUGCCAAAGGGGUCACUUCGCUUAUGAAUUGUCAAGCACUUGAAGAUCUUUUACUACGUCAUAAUGUAAGUCUUCAACUAUUGAAUGUCCUGCACUUCUGUAGAUCAAAUAAAAAUCAAAUGGGGGAGCAUCAAUAAUACUGGAUAAUAAAUUCCAAAGCGCACAUUUUUUUUUGAUAAGGUAAAUUGUAUUAAUCAAAAGGGAGAGAACUCCCGUAUAC